GAGCACGACACCCAGAGAAAGAGAAAUGAAGUACGUGUUGGUGACGGGAGGGGUGGUGAGUGGGCUGGGCAAAGGCGUUACAGCCAGCAGCAUAGGCGUCGUCCUUAAAGCCUGUGGCCUUCGCGUCACCUCCAUCAAAAUUGAUCCAUACUUGAACACUGAUGCUGGUACCAUGUCUCCCUUUGAACAUGGAGAGGUUUUUGUUCUUGAUGACGGGGGAGAGGUUGAUUUGGAUCUGGGUAACUAUGAGCGGUUCCUAGAUGUGACACUUACAAGAGAGAACAACAUUACCACAGGAAAGAUAUACCAGUCUGUCCUUGAGAAGGAACGGAGAGGCGAUUAUCUUGGGAAGACUGUACAGGUGGUGCCACACAUCACAGAUGCCAUUAAAAAUUGGAUUGAAGCGGUUGCUGUCAUUCCUGUUGAUGGAAAAGAAGGUCCAGCAGAUGUUUGUGUGAUAGAGUUGGGAGGGACCGUAGGUGACAUCGAAUCAAUGCCAUUCAUCGAGGCUCUGCGACAAUUGUCCUUUUCAGUUGGGCAAGAUAACUUCUGCCUCAUUCAUGUGAGCCUGAUACCAGUACUGGGUGUUGUUGGAGAGCAAAAGACAAAACCUACACAGCAUAGUGUCCGAGAACUGAGAGCCUUAGGCUUGACUCCUCAUCUGUUAGCAUGUCGCUCUGCUCAGCCUUUACUGGAAAGUACCAAGGAGAAACUUUCACAGUUUUGCCACGUUCCAGCUGGUAAUAUCCUCAAUGUCCAUGAUGUUCCAAACAUUUGGCAUGUUCCUCUCUUACUUAGGAACCAAAAUGCUCAUCACUCAAUUCUAAAGCAGCUUAACUUACUUGACCUUGCUACGCCUCCUGCUUUACAAGAUUGGACCAAGAUGGCUGAAACUUUUGAUAAUCUCACUGAAUCUGUGAGGAUUGCACUGGUUGGGAAGUAUGUUGGCCUAACGGAUUCGUAUCUGUCUGUUGUGAAGGCCCUUCUGCAUGCCUGCAUUGCAUGUUCUUUGAAGCCAUCAAUUGAUUGGAUUGCAGCUUCUGACCUUGAAGAUUGCAGUGCUGAACUGACACCAGAAGCACAUGCUGCUGCAUGGCAGACUCUGAAAAAUGCAGCAUGUGUCUUGGUUCCUGGUGGAUUUGGAGAUCGUGGUGUGACAGGUAUGAUAUUGGCUGCAAAGUAUGCCAGAGAGAAUAAUGUUCCUUAUCUUGGGAUUUGCUUGGGCAUGCAGAUUUCUGUGAUUGAGUUUGCUAGAUCUGUCUUGGGUUUGGAAAGCGCAAACAGCAAAGAGUUUGAUGCUGAGACACCAAAUCCUGUUGUAAUUUUCAUGCCCGAGGGUUCGAGAACUCAUAUGGGAAGCACAAUGAGAUUAGGAUCUCGAAGAACGCUAUUCCAGACGCCCGAUUGUAUUACUUCAAAACUGUACCACAACUCAGAGUAUGUGGACGAACGGCAUCGACACAGAUAUGAGGUAAACCCAGAGGUUAUUGGAACUCUAGAAGAAUGUGGCCUCAAAUUUGUCGGAAAAGAUGAAACCAAAAAGCGGAUGGAGAUUUUAGAGCUUCCAAGUCAUCCAUUCUAUGUAGGAGUACAAUUUCAUCCAGAAUUCAAAUCACGGCCUGGGAGGCCCUCAGCUCUAUUCUUAGGUCUCAUAUUGGCAGCAACAGGACAGUUAGAAGCAUAUCUUGACAGGCAUCAGAAUGGAAGUUAAUAUGCAUCUUGUCCCAUCUUAGUACCUUCCAAAUCAUUCUUUCAAGGAAAGAGUGAUUGAUGCUUUCUGGCGGAUUGAUGUGCAUGGGGGUUUCCGAAGUGGAUACCUAGUGACAUGAUUUCUUGCUGCAUUUUGAAGUUAACAGUAUUCCCUCAGUUCAUAGCUGUCACUAUGAUUUUGUGUUCUUGGUCCAAUCUUUGGACUUACAAAUGUUCUUGGUGUAUCUUUUGGACGUAUAACUCAUAUGUAAGGACAAGUAUCCCAAGUUUUUCCCUAUACCAUUGCAAUGGUGAUUGCUUAUUAACACUUUUUUUUUUAAUUGAAAGGGGAAAGACUUCUUUCUUAC